GGGUGGGGGGAGGGGCCGGGCCGAGGCGGCGGCAGCUGCUCGCUCCGGUAGGGCAGGGCAGGCAAGGGCGGGACUGGCCCGCUGCGGGCGAACCGAGGAGCAGCGGAGCUAACGGGUCCGGACGUCGGCGGUGGCAGCGGCGGCAGCGGUGGCUUUCUGCCUGGGUGGAGGCGGCGGCCGGAGUGGCGAGCAUGGCCCGCGCGGCGCCCCGCGCCGAUUGAGGGUCAUGCUGAGGCAGCCUGGCGCCUGACAAGUGAGGGGAACCUGCCAGGGCAUUGCUGCUAACAGGAACUAACAGUGAGACGGCAGGACUGCUGGCCUCUGGGGAGCAGGGAUGGGCAGAGCGGCCUCUAAGUCCGGGCCAGCAGCACCAGGAAGGAGGCCUGGGCCCCGGCUGCGAGCUUGGCACACGCUCUGCUGACCCAGACUGCGUUCAAAGCAGCGCCCUGCUGAGCAGCAGCUGUGCCCGGGCCCCAGAGGACUCCAUUGCAGCAGAAGCUCUACCAACCCUUACGAAACUGCAGCUGGGGGCGUGCCCGUCGGAAGAAGGGACCUGUACCCGGAUGGGAAGCAGAAGAGCAGAACCUAACGCAAGAAGGAUCUUGGUCUCUACAGCAGUUUUGUAACACCCACAGAGCAUCCUGGUUUCUUCUCUCAGGGUGGGGGCCCGGUUCCCCUCCCCUGGCAGAGGGGUUGGGCCGGGAGGACCACCUGAGGGGUGGAUGCCUCUUGCAUGGAAUCAAGACUGCUUGAAGCCCACAUGUUCGCCGUUGUGAUUGGCGCUCAAAGGCUUCCCUGCUGCAGGGGACGAGGGGCUGCCUCGGCGUCUGCUCAUGAACCACAAGGGCCCCGACUACUCCAGACUGGACUGUUUCAAGCCGCCAAAGAGGGGGGCCCCCAGAGCUGGCAGCCAGCAACCCCAAUGGACUAGAAGGCUGCAAUGGACUGACCUCCCCCUUGCCAGGGCAGCAGGAGAGGCAGAGCACCUGUGGCCUAGCUAGUGACGGAGAGACCCAAUGAAGCCAUAGUCAGGGGCCCAAGUGGCUCAGGGACAGGGGAGCCACUCCUGCCCACGUGCUUUCUCCUUACCUUGAGAGAGGGAGUGGCUUGGGACUCCUGCUGCUGUCCCCUCUGCAGUACACGCCCUUAUGCCCUAGAACAGGCAGGCUACGACUGUGGCUGGUUUGCCAGUGGGCUGGGAAAGGAGGGGCCACAGUGACACCCGGCUACCCGCCGGGCUGGUGUCCAGCUUCAGGGGCUUCGCACCAUGAAGUGCUCCCUGCGGGUGUGGUUCCUUUCCGUGGCCUUCCUGCUGGUGUUCAUAAUGUCCCUGCUCUUCACCUACUCCCACCACAGCAUGGCCGCCCUGCCCUACCUGGACUCGGGGACCCUGGGGGGCACCCAUCGGGUGAAACUGGUGCCUGGCUAUGCUGGCCUGCAGCGCCUCAGCAAGGAGGGGCUCACUGGCAAGACCUGUGCCUGCCGCCGCUGCAUGGGCGACACCGGUGCCUCCGACUGGUUUGACAGCCACUUCGACAGCAACAUCUCCCCCGUCUGGACCCGAGAAAACAUGGAUCUGCCCCCUGAUGUCCAGAGGUGGUGGAUGAUGUUGCAGCCCCAGUUCAAGUCACACAACACCAAUGAGGUGCUGGAGAAGCUGUUCCAGAUAGUGCCAGGCGAGAACCCCUACCGCUUCCGGGACCCCCAGCAGUGCCGGCGCUGUGCCGUGGUGGGGAACUCUGGCAACUUGCGGGGCUCUGGCUACGGGCCAGAUGUGGAUGGGCACAACUUCAUCAUGAGAAUGAAUCAGGCGCCAACCGUGGGCUUUGAGCAGGAUGUUGGCAGCCGGACCACCCACCACUUCAUGUACCCCGAGAGCGCCAAGAACCUGCCCGCCAACGUCAGCUUUGUGCUGGUGCCCUUCAAGGCCCUGGACCUGCUGUGGAUCGCCAGCGCCCUGUCCACAGGGCAGAUCCGAUUCACCUAUGCCCCAGUGAAGUCCUUCCUUCGGGUAGACAAAGAAAAGGUCCAGAUCUACAACCCAGCCUUCUUCAAAUACAUCCACGACAGGUGGACAGAGCAUCACGGGCGGUACCCUUCUACAGGGAUGCUGGUGCUCUUCUUUGCCCUGCAUGUGUGCGACGAGGUGAACGUGUACGGGUUCGGGGCCGACAGCCGCGGCAACUGGCACCACUACUGGGAGAAUAACCGGUAUGCGGGCGAGUUCCGGAAGACCGGUGUGCACGACGCUGACUUCGAGGCCCACAUCAUCGAUAUGCUGGCCAAGGCCAGCAAGAUCGAGGUCUACCGAGGCAACUGAGAAAGACCUGGCUGGGACUCUUUCGGCCUGGCUGCCAGGUGCACGUGCACACUCCGGGUCGGGACUAGAGGCAGCCUCGGACUGGCAAGGUGCCGGGCGUGGGGCAUCUCCAAGCAGUUCGAGCGAAGCAGGGCGCAGUCUGGACCAAACCGAUAGCGCCGGCUGUUCCCUGCCAAUCACAAGACUCUGUGGGCCUGGUACCAAUCAAUAAUGCAGUCAGGCGGAGCCUAUGUGUAUCUCAACCAAUCAUGUGACUCAACUCGAGUCAACUUCCGGCGCUGGGCCCCAUCCUCCAAUCAAUGGCCUUUGGAGGCGAACCGGUGGCCUCAAUCCCCACUCACCUAUGCUUUUGGAUUUUGUUUCACGCUUUUCAAGGAGUAGAGGUGGCUUCUUGCUGACUUAGACGAAGUACUUUCUUCAGGCUCGGUAAGAGCUGUUGAGUCUGUUGCGGGCCUGAACCCCGCCAAGGACGCCGAGAAGGAAACGGAGGGGAGGGCUGCCGCAGCUCAGCUUCCCCCUCCCCGGGGGUCCCUCGUGGCCUCAGGGUGAUCAAGGAGCGUUCCAGGUGGUUUCCAGAAAGCGCUCUUUAACCCCAGAGAAAAGCCAGAGCCCUCCCAAGCUGUUCCAGGCCUCCAGGAGAAUUUUAGACCCUAAAUUUCUUUUAUCGGUUAGGCCGAGAUGGAUGAGUGUCAACCCACCAAAGAAAUGCAAUGAGAAUCCAGAGGGCGCGUGGGUACCCUCAGCCUCCUUUCUCCCCCUCCCCGCCUUUGGCCACCCUAUGGAAUGGCCUUUCUGACCAGGGCAUUUAGUGUCCCACUGGAAAACGAAUUGUGUCCGCCCCUUGCUUGGGGCCUAACUCUGGAGCAUAGGUGUAAGAAACUGGGCAGGGGACAAGGAAGCCCCCUCACGUCAAAUGUAAGGUGCUUCUCACUCACGUAUAUCCUUGGCUACAACCUUUAGUGUCUCUCCUUAGGCUCUGGAGCUCCUCACCAGCCUACUUGCUCUGGAAAAAAAAAUCAAAACUUGCCCUGGGAUUGAUUGGGGCACUGCUGCUUUUCUCAUUCAAUCCUUCUCUCCCUAUCCCUCUCCCCUCCUCUCCCCCCUCCCACCCCCCUCUCUCUCUUACACACACACACACACGUCUGGCUCAAAAGAGAGGGAGCAUACACGCGGGAAGAAGGCUGGAUAUGAGGAGCCUUGCUGCCUGGUGCAUGCACCUUCUUCACCCACCACCCCAAAGAGGACCAGGAAGCCUCUUGCUUGGGGGUGGAAUUUGCUUUGGGCUCAUAAUUUAGUUAACCUGAAAUGACCAGAUAUGGCUGACCAACAAAGAUUCUUUCAAAAUUCUAAGCUGACCGUGGAGAUAGCCAGGAGCCUAGCUGGGGAGGAGUAGACUUGCCCCUCUGCAUGCCUCCUCCCCGCCCAUAGGCCCUCUCCAUGCUCACCUCCCGCCUCUUCGCUCUCACUCACUCUCCGUUUCCAGCUCUGGAAUGGGCUGGGAAACUAACAACCAGGGGUUACAACUGGAAGCUACUUGCAUGACUGAACCCAGCUUAAGUCCCUAGAGGAAGCUGCUGAUGGUAUUCUCAACCUUCAAGAUUAGGGAAGUGUAGGAGGGGGGGAAAGCUUCUGUGAAGCUUCCAAACCACUAAAAGGACCCCCUUUCCCACCAGUGAUAACCCAGAUACCACUCUUUUUCUUAGUGAGUCAGUGCCACCAAGCAGCCUCCUGGCCAUUGGAGUAGUUCCUGCAGCUGGCUGGGGGAACGGUAAAGCGGGGGGUUGGGGAGGAGCAGUGGGCACCCCCAAAAGUUAAUAUAUUGUGAAUUUAGCUUGAGUUGUACCUUCCUAAUUCCAAAAGUAUGUAGAGUAAAGGAUGGGGACGGAUUUGGGGGUGGCCUCUGGUGGAAUGCUGCUCAGGGCCUCCCCUCGCCAUUCUAGAGAGCCAAGGCACCAGCCAUUCCUGCCUGUCUCAUCUCAGUGCUCCCUGAAGAGGCUGUUGUGAGUGUU